AUGGCUCCGUACUGGACGGAAGAUUUCAUCUACGACUUUAACUAUGUCGGCCCUUGGAAUUUCACGGCCACACGCGGGCUCCGAGCCUGGUUUGAGGGAGAGCACAUGCACUUCAACCGUGCGAUCCCCGACUCCCAAUGGCAGGACUUCAUCCGCGCAGCUCGGGGGCCUCUCGUGACCUCUGCUUCAUACGGCUUGGCGCGCUGGACGGCCGAGUUCGCCGGUGUUCCGCCGCCGGCGGAGAAUCCAAUUGUGCGCAUCCGCGAUCUUGACUUCUACCUGCUCGAGGAAUCCCGGAUCAAGAUCAACUGGUGCUUGAUCGACGUGGUGCACCUUUUCGAGCAAGUGGGCUACGACAUCUUGCCCAAAGCUCCAAUGAGGACUGAUGGCUACGGGUACCGUGCUCCCCAUGCCAUGGACGGACUUACCGCUCCCCUGAGCUUCCUCUAUUCCGAGAAAGAUGCGCUCGAGUCCGAGCGGGUCUGGAAGACGGCCCUGGAAGAAGACUAUGACAGAGCUGAUGUAGCUGUGUCCUUGUUGUGGGCCGAGAACUUGAUCUGGUACGGCCCGGGUGGCAUUGGCACAGCCUCCUCGCGUGAGGAGUACCGGAAGAAUUGGCUGGCGCCUCUCCGCGCCGCCUUCUCGAACCUUACACGUGAGACGGACCUAGUGAUCUGCGAAGGUCCAUACUGCGGGGCGCACUUCUACCUUUGGGGGUAUCACACAGGCACCUGGCUGGGUGAGCAGGCUACCGGACGGCGUGUGCCCAUCCGCUGCGGUGCGCAUGCGCAUGUGGUGGGGGGCCGAAUCAUCGAGGGUUGGAUGAUCAUCGACAUCCCGCGGGCCUUUGAGGCAAUGGGAGUGGACCUCUAUGGCCGCGCCAGGCGCAUCGCGCUUGCGCCGCGCGAGGCUUGA